GGCCAGUCGGGGCAAGUUUGGGCGUUCGAGUUCCUGGCGUGACGCGCAAAGCAGUAUCACGUGUGUUUUUUGUCUGCCCUGCAGGUGCCUCCGCAUUCCGCAGCCAUCUGGGCUCCUGGCACGCUGCAGUGAUGGGGGCCGCCAGCGCCCGCUGCCUCCGAGACAAUGAUGCCUGCGGCCAGGGCGGCGCCGCCGCCGCUGGCGGCUCGCCUGCUCCUGUUCGCGGUGGCCGCGCCGCUGCUCCCCACGGGCGCCGCCCGCGGGGCUUGCCACUGCGGCUGCUGUGAGGUGGAGGUGCGCCGCGGCCAGGACUCCCUCGAGGGCAGCGGGCGGCUCGAGUGCACGUACGCGGAGCCCGGACUGCGAUACGCCUCGCCGUUCAGAGCUCCGGCAGCUGCGUGCGAGAGCUUGUGCCUCCGGCCCGCCGCGGAUCAAGUGCUGACCGCGGUCGAGGCCCCCGACAUGGACACGCAGCGCUUCUGCUUUUUCGAGUGCAAGCCGUCGCGCAACAUCACGGAGGGUGCUGGCAAGGAAGCGCCCCGCCGCGGAGCGCAGCGACCAGAUUGGCGGGGCGCCGCCUGCGAGCCCCUCGGCCUGCUGGAGGCGCAGGAGGUGCGGGACCCGAGCGGCAACGCGCUGCCUCCCAUGGAGCAGGCGCACCUGGUCGCCAGCUUCCUCCCCGGAGGUGCGCGGGGAUCCGCGUCUGCCGCGGGCGGCCCCGCGUCCAGGCAGCCUGGCCCAACCGCCGAGCGGCCCGAGGGCGAGAGGUUCGGAGCGGCGCUGGCGGCCCUGCGGGCGCAGGGCGCGCAGCUGGCGGAGCUCGCGGGGCGCGCCACGGAGGCGGCCGCCGAGGCGGCCCAGGCCGCGAGGCGCACGGAGGAGCUGUCGUCCAGGGAGGAUGCCGCGCUCUCUGCCGGACGCGCAGCCGUGGAGGACGCCAGGCGCGCUGCGCAGCGGGCCCUGCGGGCCGAGUCGCAGGCCCGGGCGCUGCGCGACCGGGUGCGGCAGGAGGUCCGGCAGGAGGCGUUCGGCAUGGUGCCGCAGGUCCUCCGCUCGGUGCGGAGGGAGGCGCUGGCGGAGGCGGGGCGCCCGGCGCGGCGGCAGGCCAUCUCGGGCUCCAGCGCCGAGUUGGCAGCCGCGCGGGCCUGAGAGAAGAGCCGCCGGGGAAGUGCAGAAACUCAGAAAACAAACCAAUCCGAGGGUGCCUGCGCUGGGCCGCAUGUUUCGGAUCCUUCGUGCCAGCGCGCGCACGACGUCAUGGCGAUAAUAGUGCAAGACGAGGGGCUCGAAGAUGCUCGCGUGUACGACCGCACGCGCGCCGGGCAAGUGCUAGGGAUUGGUUGCCAGGGUCGUUGUAUUUUACAGCGGGUAUGGGAAUGGCAGGGUAGUUGUUGCAUGGCAUGUUUUGCCGUGCGCUCUAUGGGCUCAGAGAGACAUUGCGGGGCCCGUCCAGCGAUGUGUACUACGUGAUUGGCGACCGCCUUGGAGCGAAGCUUUGCCCAAUAGCAGUGAAAUGAUAGCUGGUUUUGCGAGG